UUCUUUUUGUUUUCUUCCCUCUCCCUAAUCUCGAAAAAGCAAAAUUGUCAGAUAUAAAGCAGACACAUUCCCGCCAAUAUGCAAAAGCGGGUGACGGAGACUAGGGUUUCUGUUUCUCAAUUGUCAAGUGCCAUGGCGGAGGAGGUUACUCAGAUCGGUCACUUACUGAACCAGACUCUCAGCCCCGUCGCCGACGCCGUUCGUGCCGCCACCGAUGCUCUCGAUCGCCUCUCUCUCACUCCGCACUUCCCUUUCUAUCUCCUCUCAAUCUCCACCGGUGGAGAAAAUCAAGGUCAGAAAAUUGCUGCUGCUACCUACCUGAAGAACUUCACGCGCCGCAAAGUCGAUAGCAACGGCACUUCGCCGUCGAAUGUGAGUAAGGAGUUCAAGGAGCAGCUGAUGCAUGCUUUGCUUCAAGUCGAGUUGUCCGUUCUCAAGAUUUUAGUUGAAGUGUUCCGGGCCAUUGCUGUUGCUGAUUUUGUCAAGCAGAAUUUGUGGCCAGAGCUUGUGCCUAAUCUGCAGUCUGCUAUUCAAAAUAGCCAUCUUAUCAACGGUUCAAAUCCUAAGUGGAACACCGUCAAUGCACUUAUUGUUCUCCAUGCUCUUCUCAGACCCUUCCAGUAUUUUUUAAAUCCCAAAGUUGCAAAGGAACCAGUACCACCACAGUUGGAGCUUAUAGCCAAAGAAAUUCUUGUGCCCUUGCUUGCUGUAUUCCAUCAAUUUGUUGUAAAGGUUUUAGCAACCCAUUACAAAGCAGAAAUAGAAACUGAGAAAGUCCUUCUCACUAUAUGCAAAUGCCUACAUUUUGCAGUUAGGUCCUACAUGCCAUCAACUUUAGUUCCUCUACUGCCUUCAUUCUGUCGGGACCUAAUGAGCAUUUUAGGUUCUCUGAGCUUGGAUAGUAUGGUUGCUCAAGAAGAUGAAAACUUGACAAGAUUGAAGACCGGAAAAAGAAGCCUUCUUCUUUUUUCUGCUCUUGUCACGCGGCACAGGAAACAUUCUGAUAAGUUGAUGCCAGAAAUCAUAAAUUGUGUUCUAAACAUAGUCAAAUUUAGCAAAAAUACCAGUGAACUUCCUUUCCUGUCAGAAAGGCUUCUGUCCCUAGGCUUUGAUGUUAUUUCAAAUGUACUGGAGACUGGGCCGGGAUGGCGAUUAGUUUCUCCACAUUUUACAACUCUAUUGGAAUCUGCAAUCUUUCCAGCAUUAGUAAUGAAUGAGAAGGAUAUGUCAGAGUGGGAAGAAGACCCAGAUGAGUACAUACGAAAGAAUCUUCCUUCAGAUAUAGAUGAAAUUUGUGGAUGGAGAGAGGAUUUAUUCACUGCCAGAAAAAGUUCAGUAAACUUACUUGGUGUUAUUUCAAUGUCAAAGGGGCCACCAAUGGAGACUGCCACUGAGAGUUUAUCAGCUUCAUCGAAGCGUAAAAAGGGUCAAAAGAACAAAAAAAGCAAUCAGCGCCGAUCUAUGGGAGAGUUAUUGGUGCUUCCAUUUUUGUCCAAGUUCCCCAUUCCUUCUUAUUCCAAUGUGUCUCAAAAGAAAAUCUUGAAUGAUUACUUUGGCGUACUGAUGGCAUAUGGUGGCCUGCAAGACUUUUUGAGAGAGCAAGAACCUGGGAAUGUAACAAUACUGAUUCGGACACGGAUUUUGCCACUCUACACAGUAGCUGCUUACCUGCCAUACCUAGUUGCAAGUGCGAACUGGGUACUUGGUGAACUUGGCUCCUGUCUACCAGAAGAGAUGAGUGCUGAAGUAUAUUCUCAGUUGCUUAUGGCAUUGGUCAUGCCGGAUAAGCAGGAUACUUCUUGCUAUCCUGUGCGGGUUUCUGCUGCUGGGGCUAUUACCACACUACUUGAUAAUGAUUACAUGCCCCCUGAUUUUCUACCCCUUCUCCAAGUAAUAGUUGCCAAUAUUGGAAAUGAUGAGAGUGAGAGCUCCAUCUUAUUUCAACUUCUCAGUUCUAUCAUGGAAUCUGGAGAUGAGAAAAUUGCAGUCCAUAUUCCACAUAUUGUCCCAUCAUUAGUAGAUCCAAUCUCAAAAUGGUUAAAUCCUAAUCUGGAGCCUUGGACUCAAGUGGUUGAACGCGCAAUUGCUGCUCUGGCAAUUAUGGGUCAUACUUGGGUGGACUCCAGGCCUGAAGAAUCUGAGUCAGAGGAGUCCCGUGAAAAAUGGGCCACAGGUCAAGCGGCAAUUGGUAGAGCUUUUGCUGCACUCUUGCAGCAGGCUUGGCUUACACCUCUAUGCACAUUGGAUCAACAAGACCAGCAUUUCCCCCCCUCAUCAUGCAUAGAAGAUUUGACAACUUUGCUGCAAUCUGUCAUUCUAUCAGUUGAUGGAAAUCACAUGAUUGAAGAACUGAAAGUAUCAGAGUUGCUGUUAGUUUGGGCUGAAAUGGUUGCAGAGUGGCAUGCAUGGGAGGAAUCAGAGGAUUUGUCCAUUUUUGAUGUAAUUAAGGAAAUUGUAAAUUUAGAUUGCAGAUACAGGCUGAAAAACUUUAUCGAAAAAGAGGUGCCACCCCCUCCUGCUCCACCUGUGCCUGAACGUUCAAUUAUAGAGGGUAUUGCUACUUUCAUCAGUGAGGCAAUUAAGCAAUAUCAUUCUGCGACAUUGAGAGCUUGCUCUUGUGUGCAUUUAUUACUUCAUUGUCCAACCUACUCACUUGAAACUGAAGGUGUAAAGCAAUCACUGGCUAUUGCUUUUAGUCGGGCAGCCUUCUCCCGCUUCCUAGAAGUUCAAAAGACUCCCAGUUCACUUUGGAAGCCUUUAUUGCUUGCUAUAUCUUCAUGCUAUUUGUGUUAUCCUGAUAUUGUAGAUGGUAUUCUGGAAAAGGGGGAACAAGGAGGCAUCGCAAUUUGGGCAUCUGCUUUGUGUCAUGUAUCCAAUAAAUCUUUUGAGGCAGGUCUGACAGCAGAGUCUGAGAUGAAGUUAACUGUGAUGACAUUGGCUCGAUUGAUUGAGCAACUUCUGAAACAAGGGAAGUCAGGUGAUAGUGCAUUUCAAAAUUGCUUUACUUCUCUGCUUGAGGUAUCUGUACGAUUGAAAGAAGCCCAGGAUGGGAACGGUGAUGAACAAGAUGCUGAUGAGGCUGAAAAUGAUGAUGAUGAUGAUGAGGAGGAGGAUGAGGACAGUGAUAAUGAUGACUUCGAAGAUUAUGAUGAGGACUCUGAGGCUGAGGAAUAUGAAGAAACAGAAGAAGAAUUUCUUAAUAGGUAUGCUAAAGCUGCUGAGGCAUUGGAAAAUGGUUCAAUUAUUGAAGAGGGGGAUGAUGAAGAUCAGGAACUGGAGCUGGAAUUAGGUCAAUUAAUAGACGUUGAUGAACAAAAAGUUGUGUUAUCCUUGAUGGACAGAUACCACCAUGUGCUCAUGCAAGGACAAUUUUUAUCGUCGGAGCUCAUCAUGAAUUUUCUGAAUACCUUCCCCGGGCACGGUAUAUAUUUCCAACAAUACAGAUAACUAUGGUUUAUUUAUGUUGUGCUGUCAAGGUUGCGUGUAAAUGAGAUUUUUCGUUUGAGAAAAGUCGGUCUUUUGAAAUGUAUGUAUAAAGGGAAAUUUUAUAAUAAUUUUUUUUGGGGUGGCGAGGAGGGUUCUGAAAAUGUCUGGUUGGUAUUCAUUGAUUUGUAUAAUUAUUCUUUUAAUUGAGGAGUCGAGGAAGGGGUUGUUUGCCAUGUUGAGAUUUCAAAUUUGAGAGUUGAGGCAUCAUACAAGAAGCUGCGGAAGUGUAUUGUUGAACAAUUGUUCAGAUUUGAGUUAAUAGAUAUCUGCGCUGAGUGACGUUAUGGUUUUUAGGGGUGUGAAAGUAUGACUUAGGCUACCUGCAGAGCUGCAUGUAAACUCUGCCUUUAUUACAAGUCUAUCUUCCCUUGGCAUCUGUCGUUUUCUGAAAUUGCUGAAUCUUAGGAAGUUUUUUUCUACGAAGACUAACAUCUU